AUGAGCAGCGAAGACGAGCAUCCCCUCAUCGCGGGGCGCCCGCCCGUGAUGGACCACUUGACGUACCUCACUCUCAUCGAGCACAACCUCAGCCCUGAGCUAUUGCCAAUGUUACACCGAGUUCUGCAGGACCCGGAGCUCACGUCCAACAUCGGCUGGGACCUGGUCCAGCUUCUGCUCCCACUGCUGCCCGCCUCAGAGGAUUGCUUGCAGGACAUCGCACGCCUUGGCAACCCACGUGAGGUUGUUCUCAAGGUCACCGAGGCGCUGCGGCUGAUCGAUUUCAGCACCAUCGAGCAGGAGGAGGAUGAUGAUGAGGCUCUUGCGCGCGCCGCUGACAACGCCAUCAUCUCUGACGACGAGAGCGUUGCAGGCGAGUCCAGCGCGGAUCAUGCGGCUCCAUCCAAGGUUCCUCUCCAGGUAAUGCAAUUCGACGCACUGCUCUCCAUGCUGUCUGUGCUGCAUCCGCGCAUCAAGACGAAAUACCCCAGCCGCUUUCUGUCUACCUCACUGCAGGCGGUGUUGAGUGCGUACGGAGAUUCGGGCCCUUACGCCGGCGAGCUCACUCCUGCUGUCACCAAAUUUCUGAAGACUCUGUCCGGAACCAAGCGCCCACAUCUUCCGCCCAGAACGAGCAGCUUCUCCCUUGCUGGUUCAAAUCAAAUCGCACCAGCGCCUGAUCCGGAGGCCUCCAAGGAAUCGCCAGCACCCGCGGAGGAUGAUAUGCAGAAGGCAUUGCUGCAGUCGUUCGUUACGCACAUUCUGGAAGAUUAUAUGAACUCUUUUCCGUCCCUUGGUGAUGCUCCUGCACUUGCCUGGUCAAGCCGGGUCCAUGAGAAGUUUCAUCCUGAGCGUAAUAUCCCGAAUAAGAAGACGUUCGCAGAACGCUUUAACUCUGAGGAACCGCUCGUGGCGAGAACCGGAAUAGUCGGCCAACUGGCUGCACUGUCUAUGGAUCUUGAUAUCAAAUCUGAGGAUCUCCUGGCUGCCAUUAAGGAUACCAAGCCUGAGCCUACCGGGCUGCCCACGGAAGAAGAACCGCCUGCAGCAGCAGCAGAUAUUCCGUUGGCAAAGACUGGUGCACUAUACCUUUUCACAGCACGAAAGAUCGGAGAUGUCAUUUACGGGCUCCAAACACACACCAAGGAUCUUCCCUUGUUCCCAGACCACGCAACGAUUUUACACAACUUUGUCGGUCUUGACACGGCCAUGGACACUGGCCUUCAUGCGGAUUCGCUGGUGGACAGUCUGCUAACACUAGGAAUUCUGGCGGUCGAGAAGAAUCUAAUUGGUGAACCGGCAGAAGACGAGGACUUCAUCAAGUAUCUUCAAGUCACUUCUCUUCUGGCAGCGAACAACCCGUCACCAAUUCUCCGCUACCACGCACACUACCUCACCACGUCUGUCUUACGCUCCCACCCAUCUGACCUUGUUCGCCUCACCUUCAUCCGCGAUACGCUAGAACACUGCCCCUACGAAAAUCUCAAAGCCACGGCCGUGGGCUGGAUGAAGGGAGAGACGAUCGAGGCAAAUUUGGCAACUCUUCAAGCGGAACAACAAGCAGCAUCGGCUUCCUCUUCAAAGAAGACUCCCGGGCAUUCGCGCACGACUUCUUCCGCCACCGAUACCGAUCCCGAGUCUCCAUCUAUCUUCACGACGCCUGUAGCUCUAGCCACGAUUGCUCCUUUCCUUUUCCCUGAAAUCACCCACGACCUCUCCGGCCCGUCGAUUUCCGAGGCGUGGCAAAAGUUCAAGCUCAACUUGUCGUUCUACCUGGCCACACUCAACUUCUACUACCUCCUUCUUUCAGCGAAGCCGCUGCACAAGGUCCUGGAUAUCCCGGGUCUGCACGAGGGCAACGACGUAGGUGGGAGCUACCUCUUUCCUCUGAGGCAAGCGGCUGGUUCAUUCAGGAAAUCCCUGGAGGAGGGUGAAUUGAAGAACGAGGAGGGGGAGCAGGGUGUUGCAAUGGGCUUAGGAGAUUUGAAUGUUUUGGAGGAUGUGCUGGAUCGGGUGGAAAGUGGGGUUAAGAUGCUUAAUGCUGCGUAA